CCAUACCACACCCAUCACUCAUUACUCACCACCCUUUUCCGUCGCGUCCACUCUCCACCCUCCCAUAGAAACCCCCAACAACUCCCACCCCCAAACCACACACCACACUCCCAAUGCGCACCUCCCGCAUCGCGCGCGACACGUCGCGCAUCCUCGCCGCCUCGCGCGCACAGCGUCCAUUACGUCACUCCGGCCCCAGCACCAGCGCGCGCACAAACAACGAGAACGCGGCGCUGGACUCGGAUUCCUCGCUAAGUUCUGUGCCGGAUGUGAGUUCAGACGCGGAGACGGAGUGGGGGAGCAAGAAGCGGAAGAGGAACCGGGGCGUAGCAGGUGUGAAGAGCGAGGGUGAGGAGGUAGCGUUGGGUGCGAUUGCGUCGCCGGAGCAGGCGAAGAAGCAAGCUAGGGCGAGGGGGAAGGGUAUGGAUAAUCAGGGGGUGAAGAGCGAGGCGUCACCUGUGAAGAAGAAAGCGCGUCGUGCGCCCGUGAAGAAGAGUGCGGGUGGUGGUGUCAAGUACGAAGCGCCGCCGAACUGGGAGGAGAUGUACACUCUGACGCGGCAGAUGCGGAAUGAGAAUGUCGCGCCUGUGGAUACAAUGGGGUGUGAGAGUCUAGCUGAGCGGAGCCGAACGCCGCGCGACCAGCGGUUCCAGACGCUGAUUGCGCUGAUGCUGAGCAGCCAGACGAAAGACACCGUGACGGCCGUGGCGAUGAAAGGCAUGCAGGACAACAUGCGCGGGGGCUUUAAUCUCGAGUCCAUACUCGCCAUCGCGCCCGCAGACCUCAACGCCUUUAUCAGCAAAGUCGGCUUCCACAACCUGAAGACAAAGUAUAUCAAAUCCACCGCGGAGAUCCUGCGCGAUAAAUUCGCCUCCGACAUCCCCGACUCCAUCCCCGGCCUCGUGUCCCUCCCCGGCGUCGGGCCCAAGAUGGCGUACCUGACUAUGAGCGCGGCGUGGGGGAAGGACCUCGGCAUCGGCGUCGACGUGCAUGUCCACCGCAUUACGAAUCUGUGGGGAUGGCACGAGACGCAGACGCCCGAGCAGACGCGCGCGGCGCUGGAGAGCUGGCUGCCCAGGGAUAAGUGGCAUGAUAUUAAUAAUCUGCUCGUUGGCUUUGGGCAGACGAUUUGUUUGCCGGUCGGGAGACGCUGUGGGGAUUGCAAGUUGGCGGGUGGGGGGCUGUGUCCGAGUGUUGUUGUGGGGAAGGCGAAGACGAAGGUUAGGGUUAAGAAGGAGGCUGUUGUUGCGGUUGAGGGGGGUGGGGAGGUGGUGGUUAAGGAGGAGGAGGUGGUUGAUGAGGUGCCGGUUAAGGAUGAGGUGUCGAUCAAGGACGAGGAGGGGGCUGUUGAAGACGUACAUGCUGUUCCUGAUAUUGAGGAUAUUGGGAAGGCGCCUCGUCGUGGGGGGAGACGCAAGUAGUUUGUGAGUGACUGAAUGUGCUGGUGUUGAUGUUGUCACCGGUGCUGUUGGGUAGACAAAAGUCGAGAUUAAGGCUGUAGAUGGGCAAGUCGCGACGUCUGAUUUGCAAUAUCAGGAACAAAGUCAUGGCAUAGAAGAAGAUGUACCUAGUCUCCGACCUUGUCUGCUGCUUGAGAUGGCUAAAGUGUGUAUUCGGGUGGCGAAGCUUGGGUCAUGUUAUUUGCUUUGGUUUCGCCGUGUCACCGAGCAGCAAACGGCAGGAGCAGGAAGGUGCAGCGCUGUUGCUGCCUGCCGUCUUGACUAGCAUCUCCCAGUGAAACGUCACCGCUGAUGGUGAAUCAGUUCCUCUCAUGGGCGUUCACCUCACCUGUGGUAAUCU